UUCAUUGGAGAUUGUAUCAUUGCUAAUCUACUACAGAAACGUGUUAGAAAAUAAGCGGAGCAGAUGUGUUUUAGGUAUCUAGAUCUACCAGUGAAAUUUAUAAAAUCGCACCAUGCUGAUUCCUGCAUUUUUACUGAAUCUGGCGGUCGUCACGUUGUUUUUUACAAUAGUUUCAUUUGGUGCAUUAAUUAUAUGGCGAGAGAACAAACAUUCUCAUGAUAUCACUACAGUCCGCCCUACAACAACCAGUACUACGAAACCGACAGGGCCUACAAUGAGUGCCUCAACAUCACCAGGGCCGACAGUGAUCCCUCCGACAACGCCAGGACCGACAAUGAGUGCUUCAACACCGCCGGGGACUACAACGACUGCUUCGACACCACCAGGGCCUACUACACCGCCAGGUCCUACAACACCUCCUGGGCCUACGACACUACCAGGUCCUACAACUCCACCAGGGCCAACUACACCGCCAGGUCCUACAACACCUCCUGGGCCUACGACACCUCCAGGGCCUACAACUCCACCUGGGCCUACUACACCGCCAGGGCCCACAACACCGCCAGGGCCCACAACACCGCCAGGACCUACCACACCACCAGGGCCUACAACACCCAGUACAGCGCCACCAAACAUUACAACGACGCCUCCUACGGACCCUACAGAAGAACCAAAACGUAGACAAGUAUGUUACACUGAAGCUUGCCUCAUGGCUGAUGAAGAAUUGAAACGAAAAGUCUUGCCAAUUUUGGAUCCCUGCAAUGAUUUUUACCAAUUUUCAUGCGGAAGAAUGGAAUCAGAGAAUGAUAUAGCUUUGACAAAAAUGAUUAUUGAUGAAAGAUACAAUAAAAUACUUGAGAAAUCGCAACCAGACGAUAUCGAACCAGUGAAGAUGGCCAAACAACUGUAUCAGAAUUGCGUUGACGGAGGACCCGCUCACCCCUUUGGAAUUAAAGAUGUGCUAGCAAUUGUCAGAGCAUUAAGUAAGAUAACAGACACUAGUUCCUUAUUGAAUCGUUAUUAUGAAAUAGCGUUUGAUUUAGGAUAUCUUCCGAGAUCUUUAUUCAUAAUCGAUGUGAUUCAGUACCCUCGCAAAAGAGAUGCAAAAAUUAUAUUUAUAAGAAAACCAUCACCUUCGAGACGUUUCUACGCAUGGCCAUUGGAUACUACAUCAAUGGAUAUAAAAUAUUUAACAGAGUGGGUGAAAAAGUACGAAUUAGCCUCCUAUGAGCAAUUCAUUUACUCCAACGAAUCCGAAUCGCAAGAAAAAGAAAUUGAAGAAGCUUAUGCUAAGAAAGUAGGAGAUGUUGAAGAGAAACCAAUUGUAAUAACGCUUAGAAUGUUAGCAUCUGCGGCAGAACAAAUUCCUUGGGAAGAUAUUAUUCGUACAGUUUUCAAGCCGACGUUUAUUCCUCCUGAUUUACCAGUCGUGGUAGAAUGUCUCUCAUGUUUGCUCAAAGUAUCGACAUCGAAAGUUUUGUCCAAUGCAUGGUCACUUCAAGCGUACUUGGUACGGCACGGGUUUGCCGAUCAUAUAUUGGAUAGUUCAGAAAAGGGAACUGAUUAUUGGUUUAGAGACCAAGCUGAAAAAACUGGACUCAAUGAACGUUUCAAAAAAUUGUUUUGUACUUCAAAAAUAGUCAGUUUAUUCAAAAAAGCAAUGGAUCACGAAUACGCUAAAAAAUAUCUUGAUGGAAGAAAGAAAGCCCCCUUAAAUGAAAUGAUCAUUCAGCUAAGAACUUCUUUAAAAAAUCUUAUAACAGGAGCAAAACAUUUGGAUGUGACGGUAAAGAGAAAUUACCUCAAAAAAUUGGAUUCCUUGAGAUUCUAUACGCCUCUUAACGAAGCCAUUACAGACAAAAAUAUCAUAGAAAAAUACUACUCUGGCUUACAACUGGAUGAGACUUAUCCCCAGUCACUGAAAAAAGUUAGGAAACAUGUGAUCGAAAAUACCGCCAAAGAAUUAUUCCAAAACAUCCCUAUAACAAUAUCGGCGCCCCAGUAUAUAUUUGGAGAGAGAUUUAUGCACUACGAUGGAAAUUUGAAUUUCAUUUACGUAUCCGUUGGUGCUUUGCAUGAUCUUAUUUUCUCAACGGACAGAUCAGAGUUUUUGAAUUUUGGAGCUUUGGGAUCUAUCAUCGGAUAUGGGCUGUCUCAAUCUGUUAGUAGUAAGGGUGGUUCAUGGGCAAAGGAAUACCAGCUCAUAGAUCCAGUUUCUAUGAAUACUGCUAUUGGUGAUAAAAAGCAAGAAGACGAAAGAAGACAAUGUUUCAUAGAUUCCUUUAAGAAAAACAGCAAUAUGACAACCAAUGAAAUUAAGGAAAAUGCAAUUGUAUUCGAAAAUGACGGUGUGCAAAUCGCGUAUAAUGCGUAUUUGAGUGCUCUGGCCGGCUUGAAAGAUCAUCAAGAUCUACUUUUACCUUCAUUUCAAAAUUACACUGAUGGUGAAAUGUUUUAUAUGAGUUAUGCAAGUAUGGCAUGCUCGAGGGAUGCAAAACCAACCGAAGAAGAAGAUUACAUUCCACCAUAUACUAAAGUAAACGAAGUGGCCAAAACUAGUAUGGAUUUUGAUCGUGAAUUCAAAUGCGAAACGAUUCCGAUGGCGAAAUGUAACCUUUGGUUAGAAGUGCCAAACAAUGUGGAAAAAUGAACUGCAUUUUACGACCUUUUAUAUUAAACCUAUUGAGUCGUCUAUUCUACGUACUUAUAUGCGAUGAAAGAGGAUUCUGAUGAGAAAUGCUAUUACUCAUUCUUGCCUCACUGCCAGUUGAUCCUAAGAAUUAUAAUUAUUUGAUUUGUUUUUAUGUUUAACACCAUUUAAUCCUCUCUUUAAUGUAAAAUAAAUGCUCUAGUCCAGAGACGAUAA